GAAAAUCCAGCUACAAUCCUUGGAGGACAAGAAACGGGCGUCAACGAGUACCCUUCGAUGGCGGGGCUGGUAAAUCUGAACCCUUUCAUCAUAAUUUGCGGGGCUAGCAUAAUCUCUGAAUUUUUCGUGUUGACCGCCGGUCAUUGCGUCUACAAUAGAGAUCGCAGCACGUUUUCGGUUUUAGUGGGCGGGCACAACAUCACUUCAGGAACCACCCCUUAUUCGAAGAUUUAUAAUGUUAACACCUACGAAAUCUUCCCCAACUUCAGUCUAAUUAAUACGGUGAUAGAUGACAUCGCGAUCAUUAAAACUCAAAACCAAAUAGUGUUUAGUUUAUAUAUCGGUCCCAUAUGCUUACCAUUUCGCAAAUCGGACGUGCUAAGGAAGACAAGUCUCACUGUAAUUUCAAACCAGCAGUGCGCCCGGGACCAGACUGAGAAUAUCAACAACAAUCAUAUAUGUACAUUUACUCUGAGACAUCGCGAGUGCGCUGGUGAUUCUGGAGGCCCGUUGCUGUGGAUGGAUCCGAGCACUCAAAGGUUGCAUCUUAUCGGGAUCAUAUCCCACGGGCUCGACUGCAAUAUCGACAGUCCCUCAAUUAACACCAGGGUUACUUCGUAUUUGGAUUGGAUCGUUGCCAGAACUGGUAUGUAA